AAAUACUCCCCCAUCCCCCCUUCUUCUCUUCGCAUUGCAAUCCAGCAAAUCUCUCUCUCUCUCUCUCUCUCCCCCCCACCACAAAAAUACCAUCUCGGAUUAUUUCUCUCUCUUCCCCAACCCAAAGAUGCAGAUCUUCGUGAAAACCCUAACCGGAAAAACCAUCACCCUCGAGGUGGAAAGCUCCGACACCAUCGACAACGUUAAGGCCAAGAUCCAAGACAAGGAAGGGAUCCCCCCAGACCAGCAGCGUCUGAUCUUCGCCGGGAAACAGCUCGAGGACGGUCGGACCCUGGCCGACUACAACAUCCAGAAGGAGUCCACCCUCCACCUCGUCCUCCGCCUCCGCGGCGGCAUGCAGAUCUUUGUCAAAACCCUCACUGGGAAGACGAUCACCCUCGAGGUUGAAAGCUCGGACACGAUCGACAACGUCAAGGCCAAGAUCCAAGACAAGGAAGGGAUCCCCCCAGACCAGCAGCGCCUGAUCUUCGCUGGGAAGCAGCUCGAGGACGGCCGGACCCUGGCUGACUACAACAUCCAGAAGGAGUCCACCCUCCACCUCGUCCUCCGCCUCCGCGGCGGCAUGCAGAUUUUUGUCAAAACCCUCACCGGGAAGACGAUCACCCUCGAGGUCGAAAGCUCGGACACGAUCGACAACGUCAAGGCCAAGAUCCAGGACAAGGAGGGGAUCCCGCCGGACCAGCAGAGGCUGAUCUUCGCUGGGAAGCAGCUUGAGGACGGCCGGACCCUGGCCGACUACAAUAUCCAGAAAGAGUCCACCCUCCACCUUGUUCUGCGCCUCCGCGGUGGCAUGCAGAUAUUCGUGAAGACGCUCACAGGGAAGACCAUUACGCUCGAGGUUGAGUCCUCGGACACGAUCGACAAUGUGAAGGCCAAAAUUCAGGACAAGGAGGGGAUCCCGCCGGACCAGCAGAGGCUGAUCUUCGCCGGAAAGCAGUUGGAGGACGGGCGGACUUUGGCGGAUUACAAUAUCCAGAAGGAGUCGACGCUUCACCUGGUGCUGAGGCUGCGUGGUGGUUGUUUUUGAAGUAUUGUGCGUGGUGGUGGUGGUGGUGGUGGGGUGAUUAUGUAUGUGGUUUUUUUAUUUUUAAAGAAUUGUGUGUUUUGGAAGUCUUAAUGAUGAUGUGGGUUGGGCCUUGAAAAGGGCGUUUAUGAUUAUGAUAAUAAACUUUGGUUUGAUUUGGGUUUGUUUAA